GUGGGGGCGGUCAGUAGCGGCGGAGGGUGCCGCGGCCCCGCUUUCGCUUCCGGAGGGGCAGGUGUUCGUGCGCGGCGCCGCUGCUCCGGUUGUUCCCUGCCAGUCUCCGUGUGGUCGGCAGAGCUGCAGGGAAGGCCGCUGUGCAUGAGCCGGUGGAGACCCAGCCCGGGGCGGUGGCAGCCGGUCCGGGAGGCGGGGCGCCGUAGGCACGGGGAACCAACGUGAGCCCUCCCGUGGCGGCCCCGAAGGAGCGGAAAAAGAAGUGAGGAAGACUGAUUCAUAGUUUUUUAGGCUCAUCUAUCUGCUUGCAAGACAGAAGAGUCAGGUGUGGGGCCGUAUGCCGUUGUAAAGGCACCCAGAGGAGUCUGGAGCAAUGCCACCACCUUCGGACAUUGUAAAAGUAGCUGUUGAAUGGCCAGGUGCCAAUGCCCAGCUGCUGGAAAUAGAUCAGAAAAGGCCUCUUGCAUCCAUCAUCAAGGAGGUCUGUGAUGGGUGGUCAUUGUCAAACCCAGAAUACUACACCUUGCGGUAUGCUGAUGGUCCUCAGCUGUACAUCACAGAGCAGACUCGCUGUGACAUCAAGAAUGGAACUAUCCUACAGCUGGCUGUCUCCCCGUCUAGGGCAGCUCGCCAGCUGAUGGAGAGGAUCCAGUCGCACAACAUGGAAGCCCGACUGGAUGCCAUGAAGGAACUGGCUAAACUUUCAGCAGAUGUGACCUUUGCCACAGAGUUCAUCAACAUGGAAGGGGUUACAGUGCUGACACGGCUUGUGGAGAGCGGGACCAAGCUCCUGUCCCAUUAUAGUGAGAUGUUGGCUUUCACCCUGACUGCCUUCUUGGAGCUCAUGGACCAUGGUAUUGUCUCUUGGGACAUGGUCUCCAUAACCUUCAUCAAACAGAUUGCAGGGUAUGUGAGUCAGCCUAUGGUAGAUGUCUCCAUCCUCCAACGAUCCCUAGCCAUUCUAGAAAGCAUGGUGCUAAACAGUCAGACUCUGUAUCAGAAGAUAGCAGAAGAGAUCACCGUGGGGCAGCUCAUUUCUCAUCUGCAAGUCUCAAACCAAGAGAUUCAGACAUAUGCCAUUGCCCUGAUCAAUGCCCUCUUCCUGAAGGCACCUGAGGAGAAGAGACAGGACAAGCUGCUUAACCCACUAGACCUGCCCAUCACUGAAAUGGCUAAUGCAUUUGCCCAGAAGCACCUGAGGUCUAUAAUCCUGAAUCACGUGAUCAGAGGAAACCGCCCAAUUAAAACAGAAAUGGCACAUCAGCUGUAUGUGCUACAGGUCCUGACCUUUAAUCUCCUGGAAGAGAGAAUGAUGACCAAGAUGGAUCCCAAUGAUCAGGCACAGAGAGACAUCAUAUUUGAGUUGAGAAGAAUUGCAUUUGAUGCAGAGUCUGACAGCAACGCCGUCCCUGGCAGUGGAACAGAAAAACGCAAAGCCAUGUACACCAAGGACUACAAGAUGCUGGGAUUCACUAAUCACAUCAAUCCAGCCAUGGAUUUUACUCAGACUCCUCCAGGGAUGCUGGCAUUGGACAACAUGCUCUACCUGGCCAAAUUUCAUCAGGACACCUAUAUCAGGAUUGUUCUGGAGAACAGCAGUCGAGAAGAUAAGCAUGAGUGUCCCUUCGGGCGCAGUGCCAUUGAGCUUACCAGGAUGCUUUGUGAGAUCCUGCAAGUUGGGGAACUCCCCAAUGAAGGGCGGAAUGACUAUCACCCCAUGUUUUUCACCCAUGACCGUGCAUUUGAGGAGCUGUUUGCCAUCUGCAUCCAGCUGUUGAACAAGACCUGGAAAGAAAUGAGGGCAACAGCAGAAGAUUUUAAUAAGGUUAUGCAGGUUGUGAGGGAACAGAUCACACGGGCUCUCCCCUCUAAACCAAACUCCUUGGACCAGUUCAAGAGCAAACUGCGCAGCCUGAGCUAUUCUGAGAUUCUGCGACUACGCCAGUCUGAGAGAAUGAGCCAAGAUGACUUCCAGUCACCACCUAUUGUGGAGCUGAGAGAGAAAAUCCAGCCUGAGAUCUUGGAGCUGAUAAAGCAACAGCGCCUGAACAGGCUUUGUGAGGGAAGUAGCUUUCGAAAAAUUGGAAAUCGCAGAAGACAAGAAAGAUUUUGGUAUUGUCGCCUGGCUCUGAAUCACAAGGUGCUGCACUAUGGAGAUCUGGAAGAUAAUGCCCAGGGAGAAGUCACCUUCGAAUCUCUACAGGAAAAAAUUCCAGUUGCAGACAUCAAAGCCAUUGUCACAGGGAAGGAUUGUCCACACAUGAAGGAGAAAAGCGCACUGAAACAGAACAAGGAAGUGUUAGAAUUGGCCUUCUCGAUAUUAUAUGAUCCUGAUGAGACCUUGAACUUCAUUGCACCUAAUAAAUACGAGUACUGUAUCUGGAUUGAUGGGCUGAAUGCGCUCUUGGGGAAGGACAUGUCCAGUGAGCUGACUAAAAGUGACCUGGACACACUGCUGAGCAUGGAAAUGAAGCUGAGACUCCUGGACUUGGAGAACAUCCAGAUCCCCGAAGCGCCUCCGCCCAUCCCCAAGGAGCCGAGCAGCUACGACUUCGUGUACCACUAUGGCUGAUGUGGACCGAGCCGCUCCGGGCAGCCUCGGCCCGCGGCGGGAGGCCGGCGCUCUUGUUCCUGUGUUUGGAGCCCACGGUGGGCGCAACCCUCUGAGCGCGGCCUGAUGCCGCGCUCCUGCUCCUGGCCCUGCGCGGCGGGGCCGCCGGCCUCUUGCUGCUGCCGCUGCGGCGGGGCGGGGCG